AUGAUUUAUGCACAUCAAGAUAAAGAAUUUGAUUUGAAAGUAGGAUUCAAAUCUACUGUGAUUUCAUUUCAUAUAAAUACCAAAUUGAUUUUAACUGGAUUUAGUUUUACCAUGAUUACUUUCUUCCUUUUUCUUCUAUUUCUUUUGAUCAUCUCUUCAUGA